CCUUCUUUCUGCUCCCCUCCCAGAGUCCAGCUGCACCUCUGUCCCUCUGCUCCCUCUCAGUGCAGAGCUGCUGAAUCGACCCCAGCUCUACAAUGGAGAGAGCGGAACUGUUGGCCGUGUGUCUGCUGUGCUGGAGCUGCAGUGUGUGUGUGGUUACAGCCAUCCAGAGGGCUGACAUGUUUCCUUAUGGCGCUAUAAGUGGAGAUUUAAUACUGGCUGAGGGCGACGAUGAAACCUCCAGAGUGCUGACCCUGCCCAAACCCUUGUACUUCUACAACUCCCCCUUCACCCAGCUAUAUGUGGCCACCAAUGGAAUCAUAUCAGCCCAGGACCUGCCGAUGGAAAAGCAGUAUGUGGACGAUGGCUUCCCCACAGAUUUCCCUGUGGUGGCUCCGUUCCUUGCUGACAUUGACACCAGUGGUGGACAAGGACAAAUUUACUACCGCGUUACAGAAACUCCCAGUGUGCUCAACAGAGUGGCCCAGGAAGUGCACAGAGGAUUCCCCGGUGCAAAAUUCACACCCACCCAUGCUGUGGUGGCAACAUGGGAGAACGUGGCGGCACAUGAAGAGCAAAGUCGAACUGUUAGGCCGUCAAACAAGAUCAACACUUUCCAGGCAGUUAUCGGUUAUGAUGAGAUCGACUCAUACGUCAUCUUUCUCUACCCUGAAGGUGGUUUGAACUUCUUUGGAACACGACCCAAGGAGUCAUAUAAUGUUGAGAUAGAGUUUCCGGCUAGAGUUGGCUUCAGCAGAGGUGAAAUUCCAUACCUAAUCUUUUCUCGAACUGAGGGACCUUACUACAGUGUUAUUGGUGAAGAUCAGAGUAUUCAAAACCUUUACCAGGUUGGUAAUACAGGAAUACCAGGUAUCUGGCUUUUCCAUACUGGGAACCAUUAUUCUUUCGACAACAUUGUCCCUGCAUCCAUCAGUGGCCUCCUUGCUACUUCUCCAACUGGAGGCCUCCCAUUGGACACAACCACACCUGAAUACGCUGAGUUUGAGGAAUAUCCAUAUAAUACCUUUGAACCUGAUAACCAAGAGGAAGAGGAAGAGGAGGAGGAGGAGGAGGAUGAUUACCCUUUGACAGGUGGGGACCCUGAAUUCCAGACAGCACCUGAUGGUGGUGACCAAUCAGAGUCUCUUCAACCAUCAAGCCCUGGUGCUCCAUCAGAGGACCCUGGACAUCACGUUCCACAUGGCAGCCAAGACGUGCCAUUGACUUCAGAACCCAGGUACGGUUCAGAACCAGCAGAGCGGCAGUAUGUUCCCCCGAAUCCCCCAGAGGCACCAGCAGAGGGAGGUUAUCGGCAUCAUCAGGAGCAGCAGCCACAGGAUCCUCUGGAGGUGGUGGAUGUGUACCCACCUCAAAGAAAUGAACCACGUCUUUCCCCCGGCGGUCAUGUGGUCAGCGUGGAUGAGGAGGAUGUUGAUUUUGACACAGGAGUGAUUCAGUACACUACAGAGAAUAGGGAAACAUGUGCCAGAUUCCAGCAACAGUGCUCCCAGAAUGCAUUUUGCACUGAUUAUGCAACAGGCUACUGCUGCCACUGCCAGUCUGGCUUCUAUGGAAAUGGACGCCACUGUCUUCCUGAGGGUGCCCCUCAGCGUGUCAGUGGUAAGGUGAGUGGAACUGUCACAGUGGGAUCCACUCCAGUAACCCUGAACAACAUUGACCUCCAUGCCUACAUCGUGGUGGGUGACGGAAGAGCGUACACUGCCAUCAGUGAGGUACCUGAACCAGUGGGCUGGGCUCUGAUGCCAGUCGCACCAAUUGGAGAGUUGUUUGGAUGGUUAUUUGCUCUAGAGCUGCCCAACAGCCAAGCAGGGUUCAAAACCACAGGUGCUGAGUUCAAUCGCCAUGCUGAGGUCAUCUUUUACCCUGGCAACCAGCACCUGUCAAUCAUUCAGACUGGCCGUGGCCUUGACGACCACAACCACCUCACUGUGGACACUGUUGUCAGCGGAAGCGUGCCCUUCAUACCUCCUGGAGCUGAAGUUACCAUUGAUCCCUUCAAGGAGAUCUACCAGUACUACCCAUCUGUUGCCACAUCCACUUCUGUGAGGGAGUUUUCAGUAGUUUCGGCAGAACGAGGAUCGGAGUCCUUCUCCUUCCAGCUCAAACAGAAUAUCACCUUCCGUGACUGUCGUCACGACAACCGCGCCACUGCCCUGGAGACGCUGCAGAUCACUAUGGAGAGGGUGUUUGUGAUGUAUGUCAAGGAGGAGCGGAUCCUGAGAUACGCCAUCACCAACAAGAUCAGCCCAGUUGGAGUUGAGCCAACUGGGCCAGAGUUGGUUAACCCCUGCUACGCUGGGAACCACGACUGUGACACCACAGCCAUGUGUAUCCCACUUGACGGCCAGGCCUUCCAGUGCCAGUGUGCUACUGGUUACAGAGGGGAUGGACGCAACUGUUAUGAUGUCGAUGAGUGUGCUGAGGGUUCGAGUCCAUGUGGUGCUCAUGCUCAGUGUGUGAACCUGCCCGGCAGCCACCGCUGUCAGUGCCAGAGUGGCUAUGAGUUUGGCUUCGAUGGGCGUACAUGUGUUGAUAUCGAUGAGUGUAGCUCGUCUCCAUGUCACGUCAAUGCCAGAUGUAUCAAUGGACUAGGAUCUUUUGAGUGUCGUUGUGAGCUGGGCUUUUAUGGUGAUGGUUUCAUCUGUUCCACGCAAGACGGUCAGACAGUUCGUCCAAAAAGCCAGUGUGAGCAGCACAGAGAUAGUCUACAGAGUGGAGUGGAUCUAAAUGGACAGCCAAGUGUCGGAGCCUUCGUCCCUCAGUGCGACUCUGAUGGGCGGUACCGAACACUGCAGUGCCAUGGUUCCACUGGACAUUGCUGGUGUGUGGACAGUUGGGGACAGGAGAGACCAGGAACCAGGACUCCACCUGGUACAGCACAUGGAGACUGUGACAGACCAGAUGAACCAGUGCGUCCUAAAACCUACUGUGAGCAGCACAGAGACAGUGUACAGACCACCAGUCCAGAGGGAUAUCCUAUCGCUGGAGUGUUUGUACCUGAGUGUGAUGCUAAUGGACAAUACAAGCCCUCACAGUGCCACAGCUCCACUGGACAUUGUUGGUGCGUGGACAGUAGUGGACAGGAGAGAGCAGGAACCAGGACUCCACCUGGAACACAAUCUGUCGACUGUGACAAACCAGAUGAACCAGCGCGUCCUAAAACUCACUGUGAACACCACAGAGACAGUGUACAGACCACCAGUCCAGAGGGAUAUCCUAUAUCAGGAGCUUAUGUACCCCAGUGUGAUGCUAAUGGACAGUACAUACUGCUGCAGUGUGAUGGUUCAACUGGAUAUUGUUGGUGUGUAGACAGUAGAGGAGAGGAGAAAGCAGGAACCAGGACACCGCCUGAUGGACUGACUCCAGACUGUGACAAACCAGACGAACCAGUGCGUCCUAAAACUCACUGUGAGCGCCACAGAGACAGUGUCCAGACCACCAGUCCAGAGGGAUAUCCUGUAGUCAGAGCCUACGUCCCCCAGUGUGAGGCGAAUGGAGAAUACGCAUCACUGCAGUGUCAUGGCUCUACUGGAGAUUGUUGGUGCGUGGACAGUAGGGGACAGGAGAGAGCAGGAACCAGGACACAACCUGGUACACAACCUAAAGACUGUGAUGAACCAGAUGAGCCAGUGCGUCCUAAAACUCGCUGUGAGCACCACAGAGACAGUGUGCAGACCACCAGUCCAGAGGGAUAUCCUAUAGCUGGAGCCUAUGUUCCCCAGUGUGAUGCUAAUGGACAGUACAUAACACUGCAGUGUCAUGGUUCUACUGGACAUUGUUGGUGCGUGGACAGUAGUGGACAGGAGAGGGCAGGGACCAGUACUUCACCUGGUGCACCAUCUGUAGACUGUGAUAAACCAGACGAACCAGUGCGUCCUAAAACACACUGUGAGCACCACAGAGACAGUGUACAGACCACCAGUCCAGAGGGAUAUCCUAUAUUAGGAGCCUAUGUCCCCCAGUGUGAUGCUAAUGGUCACUACAAACCUCAACAGUGUCAUGGCUCUACUGGACAUUGUUGGUGCGUGGACAGUAGUGGACAGGAGAGGGCAGGGACCAGGACUUCACCUGGUACACCAUCUGUAGACUGUGACAAACCAGAAGAACCAGUGCGUCCUAAAACACACUGUGAGCACCACAGAGACAGUGUACAGACCACCAGUCCAGAGGGAUAUCCUAUAUUAGGAGCCAAUGUCCCCCAGUGUGAUGCUAAUGGACACUACAAACCUCAACAGUGUCAUGGCUCUACUGGACAUUGUUGGUGCGUGGACAGUAGUGGACAGGAGAGGGCAGGGACCAGGACUUCACCUGGUACACCAUCUGUAGAGUGUGAUAAACCAGAAGAACCAGUGCGUCCUAAAACUCACUGUGAGCGCCACAGAGACAGUGUCCAGACCACCAGUCCAGAGGGAUAUCCUAUAUUAGGAGCCUAUGUCCCCCAGUGUGAUGCUAAUGGACAGUACAUAACACUGCAGUGUCAUCGCUCUAAUGGACAUUGCUGGUGUGUGGACAGUAGAGGACAGGAGAGAGCAGGGACCAGGACUUCACCUGGUACACCAUCUGUAGACUGUGACAAACCAGAUGAACCAGUGCGUCCUAAAACUCACUGUGAGCACCACAGAGACAGUGUCCAGACCACCAGUCCAGAUGGGUAUCCUAUAAUUGGCGCCCAUGUUCCCCAGUGUGAUGUUAAUGGACAGUACAUAUCUCUACAGUGUCAUGGCUCUCCUGGACAUUGUUGGUGCGUGGACAGUAUUGGUCAAGAGAGAGCAGGAACCAGGACUCCACCUGGUACACAACCUAAAGACUGUGAUGAACCAGAUGAACCAGUGCGUCCUAAAACCCACUGUGAGCAGCACAGAGACAGUGUCCAGACCACCAGUCCAGAGGGAUAUCCUAUCACUGGAGUGUUUGUACCUGAGUGUGAUGCUAAUGGUCAAUACAAAUCUCUACAGUGCCAUGGUUCAACUGGACAUUGUUGGUGUGUGGACAGUAGGGGAGAGGAGAGACCAGGAACCAGGACUCCACCUAGUAUACCAUCUGUCGACUGUGACAAACCAGAUGAACCAGCGCGUCCUAAAACUCACUGUGAACGCCACAGAGAGCGAGUCCAGACCACCAGUCCAGAGGGAUAUCCUGCAGUUGGAGCAUAUGUGCCCCAAUGUGAUGCUAAUGGACAGUACAUACCACUGCAGUGCCAUGGCUCCAGUGGACAUUGUUGGUGUGUGGACAGUAGGGGACAGGAGAGAACAGGAACCAGGACUCCACCUGGUACACAACCUAGAGACUGUGACAAACCAGAUGAACCAGAACGUCCUAAAACUCAGUGUGAACACCACAGAGACAGUGUGGACACCACCAAUACAGAAGGACAUUCUAUAUCUGGGGUCUACGUACCUCAGUGUGAUGCAGAAGGACAGUACCUACCUCAGCAGUGUCAUGCUUCCACUGGACAUUGUUGGUGUGUGGACAGUAGGGGACAGCAGAGAGCAGGAACUAGGACUUCACCUGGUACAGCACCUGUAGACUGUGACAAACCAGUCCAUGUAGCUCCGACCCAGCGCCCUGAGAGCGUGUGUGAACGAUGGAGGGCCAGUUUGAUUGAGCAUUAUGGUGGGAAACCUGACCCACAGCAGUAUGUGCCCCAGUGUGACCCGGAUGGACAGUUCAGUCCAGUCCAGUGUUAUGGAGAGACCACUUACUGCUGGUGUGUGGACCAGGACGGGCGUGAGGUUCCUGGCACUCGAUCACAUGAUGUUGUCAAACCUGCAUGCAUCCCCUCAGUGGCUCCGCCCACCGUUCGACCACUGCCCCGUCCAGAUGUGACCCCGCCUCCAAAUGCUGACAUCACGCUGCUGUACGCUCAGGGACAGAAAAUAGGAGCGUUGCCUCUUAAUGGGACCAAACUAGAUGCAAACCGCUCUAAAACACUACUGACUCUGCAUGGUUCCAUAGUAGUUGGUAUAGCCUACGACUGCAAAGAGAACCACGUCUACUGGACAGAUUUGUCCGCAAGAACAAUCAACAGAGCUUUAUUGGCACCUGGAGCAGAGCCGGAGAUACUCAUUAACACAAAUCUGGUCAGUCCUGAGGGUUUGGCUGUGGACACCAAACGUAGGUUGAUGUUCUGGGUGGACUCAACCCCUGAUUUGAUUGAAAGCGCCAACCUCGAUGGCAGCGGGAGGAAGACACUGUUUGACACAGACUUGGUCAACCCCCGGGCCAUCAUUGUGGUCUCUUCCACUGGCACUCUGUACUGGACAGACUGGAACAGAGAGGCUCCGAAGAUCGAGUGUGCGACGGUGGACGCUCAGAACCGCAGAGUGGUGGUGUCCGACGGGAUUGGUCUGCCAAACGCUCUCACGUACGACUCUUCGUCGGGACAAAUCUGCUGGGCUGAUGCAGGUACAAAGCGUUUAGAGUGCAUAUCUCCAGAUGGCACAGGUCGCAGAGUGAUCCACCCCACCCUCAACUACCCAUUCAGCAUGGUUUACUACAGGAACCACUUCUACUACACAGACUGGAGGAGGGACGGUGUGAUCGUAGUGAGCAAAGAGGGCAGUCAGUUCACGGACGAAUACCUGCCUGACCAGCGUUCUCACCUUUACGGCAUCGCCAUAGCAACUACCCAGUGUCUAUCAGGGAGCCACUAAUGACAGGCGGGCGGCUGCAGUCCUUUGGUGCUAAAUUCUGGGUUGAUUCCUGAAAAGAGGAUAGGACCACACCUCACCAGGUUCCCUCAGAGAAAAAAGGGCGAAAAACGGGGCACAAGAUGGCUUCCUGGUGUCACACUGACUGUCAGAGAAGACUCCUCCACACACCCCUGACCCCAUUAUCUCACCUUAAAGAUAUAACCCCAAAAUAAGUGUUGUGUACAUUUGUUUUAUACCUCAUUUUUUUAGUUUUUUUUUCUAGUGUAUUUUUUUAAAGUGAAUUUUCUAUGGAUAAAAGCUACGCCAUGAAAUUGGAUUUUAAAUGUAUGAAUAUGGGUUUUUGUGUUUUUAAAGCCAAAGAAUGACAGAUGUGAAGAGCGUCGAGACAAACUGUUGAAACUGAAGUUCUUCUGUGAAACUGAGCAUCUUUCUUUCUUUCUGGUGAGGUGGCUACAGUGGCUGUUAGACUCUGCGUCAUCUUCUUUUAAAGACUCACUAAAGAAAACCUAGAUGGGAAAUUAAUACUCUGGCUUGAUAUUUUAAGUCCAGAUAUACUGACUUUCUUAACUGACUCUCAGCAAAAAAAACAGAAUUACUGCAUCACCCAAAAUACCAACCUCUUUAAACAAAUGUUGUAUUCUGUAAUCUGAUUAUGCGUAAUCCAUUUCCCUCAGCCUGCUGUGCCAGAUGUUUCACUGUGACUAAAGAUCAGCCACAUUUCUCUGCACUAACCUGUAUUUCACACUUUUUAUUUUUUUGCAAAAGUAUUUUUUACUACAUCAACUACAUUUGAAAUCUUUAUCUUUUUAUAAGAUGUGAUAUUUAUAACAAUAAAAAUGUGAUUUGGUACUUGA